AUGGAACAAGAUCCCGGCUUCAUUGCUGCUGUUGAGGAGGCAAAGAAGGGCGCUGCGGAGGGCGGCGUCCCUAUUGGUGCUUGUCUAGUCUCUAAGGAUGGUAAAAUCCUAGGCCGCGGUCACAAUAUGCGCGUGCAGAAGGGAAGCCCCGUCCUGCAUGCCGAGAUGUCCGCUCUCGAGAACUCUGGUCGUCUCCCCGCUUCCGCCUAUGAGGGAGCUACCAUGUACACCACCCUCUCGCCAUGUGACAUGUGUACUGGGGCUUGUUUGCUCUACAAGAUCAACCGUGUUGUCAUUGGUGAGAACAAGAGCUUCAUGGGUGGUGAGGACUUGCUGCGUAGUCGUCAGAAGGAAGUGGUUGUGUUGGAUAACCACGAGUGCAAACAGUUGAUGUCUACAUUUAUGGAGGAGAAGCCAGAGCUUUGGAACGAGGACAUUGCCGUCUAA